AUGCCUGUGAUAGAGGACACAGCGCUGGCCUCGUCCCCCGUCGCGAGAAAGUCGGAAGACGAGAAAGCCUCACAACAUGGGGUUGCUAUGGAGCUGAGCAGAGAGCUGACCUCGGCAGGCCAGAAUUACUUCGGCCAGACAGUCGGCCGAUCCCCUUCUCGCUACGGCUCGACCUACAACGGUAUUGGUGCCAUAGGCUCGCCUGGAGGUGAGACCCCGCCAGUUGCUAGAAAUUGCCUCAAUGUGCUCCGUGAAGAGCCGGCUCGAGUCAAGAACGGUGCAGUGGCCAUCCCCCCCAGAAGGGCAACGAGCGACAGAUGGGGCUGGCUUCAGCGGCAAAUGGCGCGCACGGCAAGGAAAAUAUCGCCGGGAAGCCCGACCGCUCCCACCUUGCAGAAGCCUGCAGAAGAGUCCGCCUGGCGCAUUGGCGUCUCUGCACAGAAUGGAUGA